UGGCUGCUGCUUUCUUUCGCUCGCUUACUCCUUUCAUUUCACUUUAUUUCGUUCGCAUGCACGCACGUUGGCCGCGGAGCAACAUCUCCAGCAAACAGAAACCGAAACCUAAACAGAAACAGAAACAACAAAUAAAACAUAAGAAACAAAAAAAUAAAAAACAAAACGAAACUACAAAUACAAAUAACAAAAAACAAAUAACACGGCAGCAGCCGUCGCUGAGACGCGGAACUUGGCUCGAACUUUAGUUUAGUUUUUCUGAGUUUCAGUGGCCAGUGGCUAAAGUGCGGCGAUAUCGGGCGAAACGGUUAACGGCUCACGGCUAACGGUUGACAGCCAGCGGUUCAGCACGCGCCAAAUCCUUUUUUUUCAAGUUUGUCAAUGUUUUUAGUGGUACUAAAGAAAACACAACAUUAUAUGUAAAGUAUAGGCAAGAAUCUAAAGCCAACAGUGGUAUGUGCCCUUAGUUUUGACCCAAGACCUACAAGUCCCUAGAAGACCCCUGACAGCCAGAACCACCCACCCACACACGCAUAAACACACACACACACACACGAACACGCUCAUUCGCCACCCACCCACACAGUCUCAUAUCUCAGUCUCAGUCUCAGUUUCAAUCUCAGUUCCAAUCUCAGUUCCAAUCUCAAUCUCAUUUCGAGGAUCAAAAACGGAGCUGCAACAUCAAUCGAUUCAUUAUGUUUACAUAUUUUUUUCGAGUGAUUUAAGUUUUGGCAAUGGACGCAGACUUCUUCUCCUUCUAAUCGAACCGAGUGACUUCGCAUCAUGCUGUAGAAGAAGAAGUUGACUAACAAAUGGUUGUUGUGAUCGAAAGUGUCUUUUGAAAUGUGUUUGAAACUCGGUGUUUGCCCAGCCAAAAUGGCCCAGCAUCGUUCGCUUGUCCGUCUCUACCUGCCCACCUAGAAGAGCUGCCCAGAUGAAUGCCCAGCAGCCGCUGAUCCUGGAGCCUGGAUCCAAGGCCAGCAGUGUUGUUGCGGCAGCUGCCGAGCUAGAGGCAGCAACAACUACGGCAGCGCUGGCCACGGCGUCGGCCACGGAGGCUUCUGCAGCGGACAGUUAUCCCGCCGUACAGCAGAACGGCGGCCACGAGGAGCAGCGGCUCAAUGGCAACCACGGAUGUCGCCGCGAGCAGCCGGAUGAUCGGACGGACCAGCCGGAGCAGCCGGAUCAGCAGGAUGAGCCCGAGCCAGUCAAGGACGUGGCCAACAAGCUGACCAUUAUCAAGACGCCGUUGAACAAGACUCUGCUCAAGAAGUGCAACAGCAACGGCAGCCUGCAGAUGCCGCACGCCAACAAUGGCAGCAGCAUCAACAUCAAUAAUCGCAACAACACCAACAACACAAACAACACCAACAACAACAACAAUAGCAACAAUAACAACAAUGCGGCCAGCAACGACGUCUGCGAUUCCGGUUUGCAAAGCGGAAAUAGCAAUGAACAAGAACCAUUUGCCAACAACGAUCGCCAUCACCACAUCUACCACCACCACCACCAUCACUACCAUCAUCACCAUGGCGGCGAUAAGAGCGAGUCGAGCGGCGACGUUGCAUCCUCGUCCUCCGCGGACCCCAACUCGCAGGUCAAGGACGAGCCCACAGCGCAGGAUAGCCAGGAUAAUCAAGAGGCAGGACCUGCAGAGGCUGGAGGAGCAACUGCGGCUGCAGCCACGUGCAGCCCCAGCAAGUGCAACAAGUGCAACUCGCACAACAACAACAGCAACUGCAACAAUAACAAUAAUACCAUCAGCAACAACAACAAUAAUACAAGCAGCAAUACCAAUACGAACAGCAACAACAAUGCCAAUAACAACAAUAAUAAUAAUAAUAAUAACCAUUACAACAACUACAAUAACUAUUAUAAGAAAAAGUCUCGUAUGCCGCCCAUUUGCCGAAUUAUGACACUGAGCCGUGGCCCGUACAGCGAGCUCGAUAAAAUGAGCCUUUUUCAAGACCUCAAACUCAAACGGCGCAAAAUCGAUUCGCGAUGCAGCAGUGACGGCGAGUCCAUAGCGGACACGUCCACCUCGUCGCCGGACCUGCUGGCGCCCAUGUCGCCGAAGCUCUGCGACAGCGGCUCGGCGGGGGCGUCGCUGGGGGCAUCCCUGCCCCUGCCGCUGGCCCUGCCCCUGCCGAUGGCCCUGCCACUGCCCAUGUCGCUGCCCCUGCCCCUCACGGCGGCAUCUUCGGCGGUCACCGUUUCGCUGGCAGCGGUCGUGGCCGCGGUGGCCGAGACGGGUGGCGCGGGCGGGGGAGGAGCUGGGACAGCAGUAACAGCGUCGGGAGCAGGACCAUGCGUCUCCACGUCGUCCACGACGGCAGCGGCAGCCACAUCCUCGACCUCCUCGCUCUCGUCCUCCUCCUCUUCGUCAUCCUCCACGAACUCCAGCACCUCCUCCGCCUCGCCGACAGCUGGAGCCUCCUCCACGGCCACCUGCCCCGCCAGCAGCAGCAGCAGCAGUGGAAACGGAAACGGAAGUGGGGGCAAAUGUGGUAGCAUCAAGCAGGAGCACACGGAGAUACACUCGUCGAGCAGUGCGAUUUCGGCGGCCGCCGCCUCAACGGUGAUGUCACCGCCGCCCGCAGAGCCGACGAGAUCCAGUCCAGCCACGCCCGAGGGGGGCGGACCAGCUGGCGCCGGAAGUGGAGCAACGGGAGGCGGAACCACGAGCGGCGGAUCAACAGCUGGAGUGGCCAUCAAUGAACACCAAAACAAUGGCAAUGGCAGCGGCGGGAGCAGUCGAGCCUCUCCCGAUUCGCUGGAAGAGAAGCCCUCUACUACAACGACCACGGGUCGUCCAACGCUCACGCCCACGAAUGGGGUGCUGUCCUCCGCCUCGGCGGGCACGGGGAUUUCCACAGGAAGCAGCGCCAAGCUGAGCGAGGCCGGUAUGAGUGUGAUACGAUCCGUUAAGGAGGAGCGCUUGCUCAACGUAUCCAGCAAGAUGCUGGCGUUCCAUCAGCAGCGGGAGCAAGAGACCAAAGCAGUGGCGGCUGCAGCAGCAGCAGCAGCGGCGGGGCAUGUAACGGUUCUAGUGACGCCAUCGCGCAUCAAAUCGGAGCCACCGCCGCCGUCUUCACCCUCCUCUACAUCCAGCACACAAAGAGAAAGGGAACGGGAACGCGAUCGAGAGAGGGAGCGCGAAAGGGAACGCGAGCGGGACCGGGAUCGGGAACGGGAACAGUCCAUCAGCUCCUCGCAGCAGCACCUAAGCCGGGUCUCCGCCAGUCCACCCACUCAGCUGUCCCACGGCAGCCUGGGACCCAACAUUGUGCAGACGCACCAUCUUCACCAGCAACUCACACAGCCGCUGACGCUGCGCAAGAGCAGCCCGCCCACAGAGCACCUGCUCAGCCAGUCCAUGCAACAUCUCACCCAGCAGCAGGCGAUCCACCUGCAUCACCUACUUGGCCAGCAGCAGCAGCAGCAGGCGUCGCAUCCCCAGCAGCAACAGCAGCAGCAACACUCGCCCCACUCCCUGGUGCGGGUGAAAAAGGAACCGAAUGUUGGUCAGCGGCACUUGUCGCCGCAUCACCAGCAACAGUCGCCGCUCCUGCAGCACCACCAACAGCAGCAGCAGCAGCAACAACAACAGCAGCAGCAGCAUCUGCAUCAGCAACAGCAACAGCAGCAGCACCACCAGCAGCAACCGCAGGCACUGGCCUUGAUGCAUCCGGCUUCCCUGGCGCUGAGGAACAGCAAUCGGGAUGCGGCCAUUCUGUUUCGGGUAAAGAGCGAAGUUCACCAGCAGGUGGCCGCCGGGCUACCGCAUCUGAUGCAGUCCGCUGGUGGGGCAGCGGCCGCCGCCGCAGCAGCAGUGGCCGCGCAGCGAAUGGUAUGCUUCAGCAAUGCCAGGAUCAAUGGCGUGAAGCCGGAGGUGAUUGGAGGACCGUUGGGCAACCUGCGGCCUGUGGGCGUCGGUGGCGGAAACGGAAGUGGCUCCGUGCAGUGCCCCUCGCCACAUCCAUCCUCCUCGUCGUCAUCCUCGCAGCUGUCGCCGCAGACACCCUCCCAGACGCCACCCCGUGGCACGCCCACCGUCAUAAUGGGCGAGAGCUGCGGGGUGCGCACCAUGGUCUGGGGCUACGAGCCUCCGCCGCCCUCGGCGGGCCAGUCCCACGGCCAGCACCCGCAGCAGCAACAGCAGUCGCCCCACCACCAGCCGCAACAGCAACAGCAGCAGCAACAACAGCAGUCGCAGCAGCAACAGCAACAGCAGCAGCAACAGUCUAUGGGCCAGCAGCAGCACUGCCUCUCCUCGCCAUCGGCGGGGUCACUGACGCCCUCCUCUUCGUCCGGCGGCGGUUCGGUAUCUGGCAGCGGAGUGGGCGGACCACUCACGCCCUCCUCGGUGGCGCCGCAAAACAACGAGGAGGCCGCCCAACUGCUGCUCUCCCUGGGACAGACACGCAUCCAGGACAUGAGAUCACGGCCACACCCCUUCCGCACACCGCACGCCCUUAACAUGGAGCGGCUGUGGGCGGGCGACUACUCGCAAUUGCCGCCCGGCCAGCUGCAGGCUCUGAAUCUUAGUGCCCAGCAGCAGCAGUGGGGCAGCAGCAACUCCACGGGUCUUGGUGGCGUAGGCGGCGGCAUGGGCGGACGCAACCUGGAGGCGCCGCACGAGCCGACCGACGAGGACGAACAGCCGCUCGUGUGCAUGAUCUGCGAGGACAAGGCCACCGGCCUGCACUACGGCAUCAUCACCUGCGAGGGGUGCAAGGGCUUCUUCAAGCGGACGGUGCAGAACCGACGAGUCUACACCUGCGUGGCGGACGGCACCUGCGAGAUAACCAAAGCACAGCGCAACCGUUGUCAGUAUUGUCGAUUUAAGAAGUGCAUCGAGCAGGGCAUGGUGCUGCAAGCCGUUCGCGAGGAUCGCAUGCCGGGCGGUCGCAACAGUGGCGCCGUCUACAAUUUGUACAAGGUGAAGUACAAGAAGCACAAGAAGACCAAUCAGAAGCAGCAACAGCAGGCCGCCCAGCAGCAGCAGCAGCAGGCGGCGGCGCAGCAGCAGCACCAGCAACAGCAGCAGCAUCAACAGCACCAGCAACAUCAGCAGCAGCAGUUGCACUCGCCGCUCCACCAUCACCACCACCAGGGCCACCAGUCGCACCACGCGCAGCAGCAACACCACCCACAGCUGUCGCCGCACCACUUGCUGUCGCCGCAGCAGCAGCAACUUGCCGCCGCAGUGGCAGCAGCUGCGCAGCACCAACAGCAACAGCAGCAACAACAGCAGCAGCAGCAGGCCAAGCUGAUGGGCGGCGUGGUGGACAUGAAGCCCAUGUUCCUCGGCCCCGCUUUGAAGCCGGAGUUGCUGCAAGCACCCCCCAUGCACAGUCCGGCCCAGCAACAACAACAGCAGCAGCAGCAGCAACAGCAGGGCUCGCCGCAUCUCUCGCUUAGCUCGCCGCACCAGCAGCAGCAGCAGGGACAGCACCAAAACCACCACCAGCAACCAGGUGGAGGUGGCGGAGGAGCUGGGGGAGGGGCUCAACUGCCGCCGCACCUGGUGAACGGAACGAUACUGAAGACGGCCCUAACCAAUCCCAGCGAGAUUGUACAUCUGCGCCACCGUCUCGACUCGGCGGUCAGUUCGUCCAAGGACCGACAGAUCUCGUACGAGCACGCCUUAGGCAUGAUCCAGACGCUGAUCGACUGCGACGCGAUGGAGGACAUAGCCACACUGCCGCACUUCAGCGAGUUCCUGGAGGACAAGUCGGAGAUUAGCGAGAAACUGUGCAACAUCGGCGAUUCCAUAGUCCACAAACUGGUGUCGUGGACAAAGAAGUUGCCCUUCUACCUGGAGAUCCCGGUGGAGAUACACACUAAACUACUGACGGACAAGUGGCACGAGAUCCUUAUCCUGACCACGGCCGCCUACCAGGCGUUGCAUGGCAAGCGGCGCGGCGAGGGAGGAGGCAGCAGGCAUGGUUCGCCGGCGUCAACGCCACUGAGCACGCCCACUGGCACGCCGUUGAGCACACCGAUACCCUCGCCCGCCCAGCCACUGCACAAGGACGACCCGGAGUUUGUCAGCGAGGUGAACUCGCACCUGAGCACCCUGCAAACCUGCUUGACCACGCUUAUGGGCCAGCCGAUAGCGAUGGAGCAGCUGAAGCUGGACGUCGGGCACAUGGUGGACAAGAUGACCCAAAUAACCAUCAUGUUCCGGCGAAUCAAGCUCAAGAUGGAGGAGUACGUCUGCCUAAAGGUUUACAUACUGCUGAACAAAGCAGAAGUGGAACUGGAGAGCAUCCAGGAGCGGUACGUCCAGGUGCUGCGCUCCUACCUGCAAAACUCCUCGCCGCAGAAUCCGCAGGCGAGGCUCAGUGAACUGCUCUCCCACAUACCAGAGAUCCAGGCUGCGGCCAGCCUGCUGCUCGAGAGCAAGAUGUUCUAUGUGCCCUUCGUGCUCAACUCGGCGAGCAUAAGGUAGCAGAUGCUUGAGCACGGACUGCUGCCCACCGCCAACCAUCAGUCGGCGCCACCACCUGGUCCUGAUCCCAUCCCGGAGCGGCAGCAGCAGCAGCAACAGGAGCGGCGUCGAAGCAGGCAGCAGCAGCACCAGUUGCUGCGCAACCUGCCCAAGAUCAAGAUCGAGAUCGGUACCCAGCGCGAUCCGGAGGAAGAGGAGUCGGAGCAAGAGCAAGAGCAGGAGCCGGAGCAAGAGCAGGAUAAGCAGUUCCGACCCUCAGCCGCAUCCACGUCCAUUUUGAAGACUUCACUGCUGAGCGGAGCGGCGGCCACGUUGGCUACCUUGACGGCGGCAGCCGAGCAAAUAGCCCGUUCCUCGGCCAGCUGCGACACUGCCAGGGAUUACUCCCAAAGCAGCAACAGCAGCAGCAAUAGCAACGCUGCCACAGGAGCAACAGGAACUAUGGCCAGCGGCAGGACAGGCAGCAGCAACAGUUUAGAAGAGAGCAAAAGACUUGAGCAUCAACAACAACAACAACAACAGCAGCAACCACAACAGCAUCAGCAGCAACAAUAUACAUCAAUACUACACACGGCCUUAAUGUCACAGCGUUCCAUGCCACCAGCGACAUCAGCUACAUUAGCAGCAGCGGCGGGCACAUCGACGCCGACGACGGCAGCAACAACAUCGCCUACGCCUGCGCAUGUGCUGAAAACAGCGGUGACCUUAGCCAGUCUAAGUGAGAUAGCCACAGCACGUCAGCAGCAGCAGGAGCAGCAGCAGCAACAGCAGCAGCAAUUGCUGGCGAUGCAACAGCAACAGCAACAGCUAACGAAACUGCCCAGAAGGAUAAUCAACUUUGGCAGCAACCACACUGCCAACACUGCCACCAAAGGAUUGGGAACGGAAGCAGAAGCAGGAGCAGGAGCAGGAGUGGGCAUGGCCACAGCAACGGCAGCAGCAUCAGUUGGACGCAAUCGCCAACUGGGCCUGAGUCAGGGUCAAGUGGUGAAUGUCAGGACAGCACGCCUGCUCAACGGCAACUGUUGCGGCCGAUUUCAGGCGACAGCAGGAACAGGGGCCAGCAGGGGCACCAACACUGCCGGCAGCAACACGGUCAACAUGCAGACCCAGACCGACGAUGAGUUGCUGCCGCUGUUAGCCAUGCUCCCACAAGACGCUCCCACAACAACAGGAGCAGCAGCAGGAGCAGCAGUAUCAUUAUCAUUAUCAGCCACAGCCACAUCUUCAUCAUCAUCAUCGACGAUUUCAUUAGCAACACGUGCAGCAGCAGCAAUGCAGCAGCAGCAACAAUGGACUGCCGUGUCGACGACGCCAGCAAUAGGAGUGAUGAUGACGACGACGACGACACAAUCACAAUCACGAGCAACAUUAGCACCACAACAACAGCAACUAUCACUGCCACAACAAAAGCAACAAUUUAAUACGAGAAUCAACAGAAAAACCACAAUUACAACAGCCACCACAACAGCACCAACAGCAACAACAACAACAACACGAAACAGCAACAUCAACUUCAACAGCAACAAUAACUAUAUGAAUAACAAUAAUAUAAACGCCGCCACUGCCAGAGCCUCUGCCUUCGCCUCCGCCUCUGCCAUGGCCACGGCCACGCCCACAGCCACGCCCACUGCCACGGGCACGCGCCAGCGACCGGCCCCGCAACCGCCCCCGCCCCCGCGCACGCCCACAGCCACCUCAGCUUCUGUUACUGUAGUUGUGUUCAAAACAAUGUUACCUGAUGACUGAAUUAUUUUAGAAUCGUACACAUAGAGCAUGUUUUAUUAUGAUUACCACUAUGAUUACCACUUACGAUUUACGAUUACGAUUAUGAUUACGAUUAUGAGUAUGUCUGGAUAUCAUUACCUAUUAACUAUUCAUUAGUUAUGGAUUAUCGAUUAUUACUAUUUUUACUAUUACUAUUGCUACAUGCAUAAUGUAGAGCCUAAUUGAUCUAUCGUGUAUUUUAGUUUGUCUAAUUGUUGGAUCCCUGUACUAUAUCCCACACACAUACACACACUCUCACCCAUAUUUGAUCCUCACCCCCAAACAAUCCAUACACACACACUCAUACACACACACACACAAUGCCGUUACUAAGGAAGGGUAUGCGCAUAUGCGAAGUUGAAACAUUUUAAUCAUGUAAUUUUUUUUUUUGUGUUUUUGCUGAACGGAGAUGAAAGUUAAGGAGGUCGAGCAACAGCAAUUCGAAGUGUUAAUUGAGUAGGAUUAUGAGUACGUAGCGAGUAUGUAACGAGUAUGUAAUGACUAAGUAAAGUUUACGUAGACACAAUGCCACACACAGCUAUAGCAAGCAUUAAGGAUGCGUGCAUAUGUCAGUUAUCUAUUUUUUUUUAAACUAAAAUCUAUAUAAAGUAACGAGAGAGGAAGGAAGAGCGAAGCAGGGCGGGAGAUUCAACCACAUAAAGUAUAAAUAGUAGAGCUUGAGCCAAGUAGCUAGUUUAGUGUACAUCCGUUUUGGGGCAGGGAAGUAGAGCAAUUUGUUGACGAGACGGGGUGGUGGGGUGAGCGGUAACGGAAAUCGGUAACGGAAGUGGAGACAAAGCGGAACCGGAAACGGAAGCUGGACUGCCAGAUCGGAAUCACACAUCAACCAUUAUGAGAACUUCGCUCGCAACUCUUGCAGAAUUAUACUGUUAGAUCCUGUUAGUUAUCGAACCCAAAACUCCCAACCCACACACACUAUACCUAAGUUAAGAACGCAUAAUCACAUACUACACAUAAAUUACGCAUAGUACAUACAAAAAAGAGGAUGAGAAAAUGAGAAAAAACAAAGAUAAGGAAGAUAAGAAAGAAAGAAAGAAACGAAAGGACUUUUCUUUUGUAAGCUCGAUUGCGCAAUUGUGUAUCGUAAUCGUGUUGUCUUCGCAACCCCAAACGCCCCAUGGCGGUAUUGAUGCCCGGAUUGUUAUCGAUAUCGUCGUACUACGUUUUAUUUUGUAAAUGUAUUAAUUUUGUUGAUUUUUUUGCUGUCUGUACACAUUUUUUUUAACAACAUUUUUGAAUAAAUGUAAUUCUUGAAUAUGCUUUAUGUUUUUAAUUUACACUCAAACCCCAACAAAUUUUGAGUUUCAAUUGGUUUGUAUAUAAAACAGAUAGGAGUGCCUCCAUUUUACAAGUUUUCUUUAUCAAAAUUAACGUUUUGUUUUCGAGUCAAAAUCUUCGAAUUGUUAGCGAAUUUGUAGGUAAGGGAAUUCCUUAAAUAAUGCCCAAAAUAGCAAAACUCGCCCUUAACUAUAUUUCUACACACAUUUUACGCGCUCUCGAUUUUCUACUUGAAAAUUCCUCAGUGGCGCCACCUGCAUUUAGAGACUCGAAGUGUAUGCACCGGAAAUGGCAAAAUCGGCUUGAAAGGAAAUUGGAAGAAUCUCUUGUGAAUAGGAAAACCCGAUAAAAAAUCCUUGAUGCCCAGUCCUGAAACACAAAUCCUCCCGAUUGAAGCUCUGUCAAAUAAAUAACGAAUCCUAGAGCUGAGAGGAGAAACAGAAAUAGAGAAAUUAAGAAAAAAAACACGAAAACAAUGUUUUUCGAAUAAAACCGAGGAACAGAAGAUGAGAAAAUAUGCAAGAGUCUGACAUCAAAUUGCCUUCAAAGCGUUAUUUUCGAUUUUUUUCCGUAGAGUUUUUUUACGAGAAAACGAUGCAAAAACCAAUACGAAAUACCAAAUAGCAAGGAUAUUUAGAGUACGUAUAUAUGUGGAUUUACAUAAGCGAUGACAUAAUAAUCAUAUGAAUAUGGAAAAAGCGGCAACGGACGGACGGCUAAAAGGAUUAACAUUUUUUGUAGAGUAAUUGCAGGAUAAACAGCAUCUGGAGGAAAAGAGUCAAAAUAAAAUAUUUUUGCACAGCGUGUUAUCGAAUAAGUGUUAGACCUUAAACGUAACUGUAAUCGAGAUUAAAAUCAAUCAAAGAACCCUUCCCCUCCGUUCCCUUCCCUACCCAUUCCUUCCCCUCCUUACCCAACCCAUCCCCAAAAACUGCCAGUUCCCCACCCCGCCCAUUUGAUUAUCAGGGCUAGGGUCAGAUGGCCAAUUGCUCCCGCUGAAGAAGAAGAAGUGUCUUUGUAAAUACAUGAGUAUAAGCAGUGGGACUUUGUGGGGUCUGAAGACCCCAACCGAACCAUCUGGCAUCUCGAGAUAUAACAUUAGUUAGCUAAUUUUAACGACAUACACUCCCGGACUCACCAACUGCAGUCACCUGCCUACCCAGCUGCGACUUUUCGUAGAUACACUGUUUUACCAAAAAAAAAAAGAACACAAUGAAUACUUAAAUGCUCAACUUCACCACAUGACCCUCUCAGCCACUCAACCACACCCGCAUCCAACCCCAUCCGCUUGCCUAGAUCCAUUUGCAUCCCGGGAAGGAACCCAUGUCCACCAUUUCCCUAUAGUGUAAAGCGUGGAUGCAAUAUGAACUUCUUAUGGUGCUUAAUCUGGAUCUUGAUCUUGAGAACAACCCAAGCCUAGAACUCAAAUUAUGGGACUGAUGCAAUGAAACAAAAAGAAAACAAUGAAAAAAAUAAGUAAAUGAGCUAGGGAAGAAAUCUAAUUAAACCCAUAUAUGUAUACUAGGUGUAUAUGUGUAUUGAUUUAAAGAUUCAAUAAUUAAAAACGAAGUAGAUCCUUCCAUAUGAUAAAAGCAAAAAAAAAAGAAGAAAAAUACAGAGUAAACUCUAGGGAAAGAUCUCGCUUCUGAGGCCAUUGUUAUACUCUUUGAAUUUGUGUAUACCCCAGAAUAGAAAAUUGUGAAACCAAAUCCAAAGAAAACCGAAACACAUAACAAAUCGCCGUGGAAAAUUAUAGAAAUACUGUUUUUUUUUGUGCAUUUCUAAUUCUACAUAGCGGUCGCCAGCGACUUUUACCUUUUAUAUAAGUAUACAAUAUGGUUUUUGUUUCGUUUUGGAUUUGAUAUGAAUGUUACACGAUGGAUUGAUAUUGAUUGAUUGAUUAGUGAACGUUUGAUGUAGUGGUAACCAAAAAGAAUAAUUUAAAUGAUAUAUUAAUGUAAUGCAUAAGAGACGGAAACACAAACGGCAAGAGAACCGCAAAUGAUAAUGAAAUGAAAAUGAAAUGUUAGCAAAUAU